AAAAAAUUCCCCAAAUCUGCUGCUUGAAGCUCCUGCCUACCGCAGCGUUCGUCUUCUCCAGACGUCGCGUUCUGAGCUGCUCCACCGUCGCGUUUUGAGGCGCUUUGACCGUCGCGUUCCCUGUGCUGUGCCUCUGGUUGGAUCACCGCUGUUAAGAAAUGAAGUUUUGUAGAACAGACGUCCAAUCAAUUUUGUCACAUAUUAAGCGUCAAGAGAAACAGAUCAAACUUAUGAGGAGGUGGUUAAUGGGCAUUCCUACCUCAAAAUCUGAAUGGGAGAAGUUGAAUUUUUUUUUCAAAAAUAAGUUUUUGUCCGAGUCUUUACUCAGGGAAGAUGAUAUAUUUUAUGAGUCAGUAAGAACACGUGUUGAAGGUGCCUUUGGAAAGCACCACAUUGAAAGAGAGAAUCAUGUCCUUCAGGAUGAUAUUCAUCUGAUGCACACACCAAACAUAAAAAGGUUGAUAUCAUCAUGCCUCGAUAAAUUGACCACCAAGGGUCUGUACCUUCUUGCCAUGAUAGUUACUGGUGGCUCAGUCAAGUCUGAAAGAACUCGUUGCAAUUUGAAAAAGAUUAUCAAGGGUUCUCUUUCAAGUUUUUUGGGUAGCAAAAGCCAUAACCACCAUAAACAAAAAACUUGUAAACAGAUUUUUCAACUUCUCACCAAUCCACAGAAUUUCCGAGAUAGGUGUGAGCCGUUGUCUGGAUUGAGAUCGCAAUCUUCUCAUGCUGCUGUAGCAAAGGUAUUGCAGGAACUUCAUAACUUGCCAUCUCAGAGCCUGAUUGCCAUGCGUAGAAAACUUAAAGGAGUGAAAGCACCCAUACCUCAGUUACAACCGCGCAAACUCGGAUGGAGACGUGACCAUCUAAUCAAGCUAGUAAAGAAAAUCAGUAGGGAGAUGCUUUCACAACUUGAUAGAGGAAAUGAGCUACAAGAGCCAUUAGCCAAAGCCAUGGCAGUAGCAGACUUAUCCCUAAAACUUAUAACUGGUUGCCAUAACAUAUUUUCAGAAGAAUUUUACCAAUUUUCACCUGAAGUAAAGUCCCUGCAGAGUGAUAUUAUGAAUGCUAUAUGGUCUGUUAAAAAAGUAGGGACAGUGCCACAGCUAAGAAGUUUACAGCUUCUCAUAGAACCAAAGGCUAUAAUAUCAAAUAGGAGCUUACGGACAGCUUUUGUAAAUUUUUUGAUUGAAUUUCUUGUUGAGUGCAGUGAAAUGGAUAGCAUUCCAAAGUCUCUAUUACAGAUCCUGGAUGUUAUUAAUAGGGGUUCUAAUGACGGCAUGCACAAUGCAUUAUUCCAGAAGAAGUAUAUUGAAGAAGAAGUUGACUGCAUAUUAAGUGUGAGUGCUCAGACAAAACAAAUUGUUUUGGAUUUAUUGCCUGACCAUGAAUUUGAUCAAGACUUUAAUGAUGCUUAUAUGGAGCAAUUGGAAGACAGUGAUGACAGCAGCAGUGAUGAGGAUGAUGAUGAUAGUCAACUUCCAGAGGAUAGACAAUUUGUAAACGGAACAUUCAUUUCGAUGGAUUCAAGUUGCGGAGCAGAAAGUAUUGGGGAUUUUACUCCAUUUGAGUCCCAUCCUUCUACCUCUAUGACUCAGGAAAAUGUUUCUCUCUGUCCAAUUACAACCAGUGAAAGGUUGAAUAGAGAUUCUGAAAAGCUUCAAACUAAGAAAUGUUAUUCAGUAAAUAUGGAAUUCGAAGUUCACACCAUUCCACCUAACGUGACUACCAACCAAUACCUGGGACAAAGCACAGAGCAUUUUAGUACAUUUAUGGCCGGCAAAACCAAUAAUUCUUCAGUUAUUUCACUUGACAGAGAAUCAGAUGAAAAUAUUAUAAUGAGACAUGAUUUUUAUGAAUCUGACACUGAAAGAGAUCCAAGAGACACAGAUAGCUUAUUUUGUGAGGAGACAGAAUCUAUACCCACCAAGUACAGCCUAUGCAAAAAUCAAUACCUUGCUACCCAAGAUGCCUGUGAUAAGACAAGCAUGCUUGCAUAUAAUCUCAUAGGUCGCAUGGUGGAGGAGUUUGCCAUAAUUGAAGGCCUAAAUUUAAACUUGAGCCAGAGUUUAUACCUCAGCGGUGACAAUCAAGUUGAAGAGGUGGAAGAAACAAAAGAACAGUCAUCAUGUGGGAAGCAUGCAAAAUGUUCAGCUAUUGUUCGAGUAAUUGAAGAGCUGAUUCCUUCCUUUCCAGAUAGUGGCAUGGAAAGAUUGAAGAUGUUGAUGGGCUUAUGAUAAUGGUACUCAGGCUUUCAGGUUCAACCAGAUAAAAGCAUCUUGAAAUGAUUUUUGAAUAUCUGGAUCAAGUUGCCUGUUGAGAAAUUCUUGUCAUAGAAAUGAAUUUUUAUGCAAGUUGACUCGGUUGCGUAAUUUCCUGCCAUUGAUGUUUAGGAUAAUACUCUGAAAAUGAUAUUUGCUUGGAAGAGAUCCUUGGAUUUUUUGUUUUCCAUGAAGUUCUGUAGCAAUAGCAUUCAUAUCUCUUGCAGAUAAAAAAGUGAAGGCUGAAGGAAGAGAAGAGGAGGAAUGUACUUGAAGGAGAGAAAGCAAAAGAUAAGCAGUAGAUGAGAAAGCGCCGAAGAGAAGAAACCAGAUGCAAGAGAACCAGAACAAGAAAAUUUGGAGAGCAAAAGUUUGAGUUUAUGGUUUGAAUAUGUUCUGAAAUCGGUAUUUGUCCUGUUGAGGUAACUGAGGAGGAGUGCUAUCCAGAUGUAGGUUGUGUGCAGCCCAAAUUUGAAAUUUGGCAUAUUUUGAUUUGCCCACUUAGGUGGUGUUUGGUUCAGGAUUUUCAAAAAUUUACCUAUGCAUCUGACUGUGGGAAAGUGUGACGUCCAUGUUUGGUAGAGAGUUUUGAAAUAUUUCCCCGGCUGUUAUAUUUGCAUAGCAAUUGAGAAAUGCUUGUAAAACGCAACUACAAAUCACUGUUCUGAAAGACAAGUUGAUGGUGGUAUUCUAUAGUUAACCGGCUAAAUGGCAAGAAUGGCAUCCAUUUGCAGACCAAAGUACCCUCAUCUAAAGCGCGAAGAAAGAUAAAGUUGCUUAGUAGCACCCCUGAGUACAUAUAUGCAAAAGCUCCUCCUUCGUGUGGGGCUUGAAGAGCAAAUCUGGAAACGGCGACCGGGAAGUGGUUUUGCAUGUUCGAAAUGAACACACUCUUCCUCUGUGUGGUUUGAAACCGAAACCAUCUGCAUCCAGCUGACCGUAUCGAGUUGCAGAGGAGUUUUGUUCACAGAAUCACCACUGGCGGAGAAGUUGGGAGAGAGAAGUCCGGUGAUUUCGUUGGGUACAUCCAAGGGUUUGGCGACACUGUAUUAAACAGACCACUAGUAGUCCAGUUGUUUUCCACCGAUUGUGGUCAACUCAGCUCGGAUUGUUGCUAUGGGAGUUUUAUUGGGAUCUGCUAUGGAAGAAAUGCUGAUGACCUCCCUACACCUGAUAAGGUUGCACAGUUAGUUCAACUUCACAAAAUCAAAUAUGUGAGGAUCUAUGAUUCUAACAUACAGGUUCUGAAAACACUGGAGGUGAACUUAUGAUCUAUGAUUCCAAAUUUAGAUUUGCUGUCAUUGUCCCAGUUCCAAUCAAAUGCAGACAUAACACGUUAGCUGUGUGGGAGCUGAUGAAAAGCUAAGCAGAAAGUGAACUGAAAGGAAUGUACAAGUUCAUAUUUGGGCUGUAGCAGUUAAGCUUCUGAAAUUACAUGAUCAUCAUGGUGGCUUUCAGUUCAGCCAUUGGGUCUUGAGAUGAUUUCUCGCCUACACCGUAGCUUGCUACUUACAACCAUCAUCUCAUGGCAUCAGUCGACAUAGCGUGGUGAUACUAAAAUAAAAUAGAAUAGCCAUGUUUUACUUAUGUUUACAUUGUUUUAGACAAGGCCAUCCAAUUUUUCUUGUAAUUAUGUGCAGGAUAAUUUUUGUAUUCGAUUUAUGUGUUUUGAAAACGUUAUGUCUAAAUUA